GCGCGCGCGUAUGUUUGUGGUUGUCAGUUCGUUCAGAUGUGAUUCAGAAGUGGAGCUGCGCACGAGGGCUGUACCUGUGACGAGGCUCGUGAGCAGAGAGGACUAACUUAUCACUAUCACUGUAGAUGUACGUCUCAGGCAGCUCUAUCUCUCCCUACGUGUCCACACAUAAACUUAUAACGGAGGUUUCCGGGAUUUCGCACGAUUUGUGACGAACGGCUUUACCAUUGGACCCUUAAGGGAGAGAAGUGAAGAAGCGUUACGCUUGUGCAUACCGCAGGAGGGGGUCUCAAGCGACAGCGUGGGUGACUUUCUGCUCCCUUGAGGUGGGGGGGUGGGUGACGGACCCGGUGUACUCACCCCUCCUGGAUAUACUAUUGAUGCUGAAGAUGUUGAAACACAGCGCAGGGUUGCUUAUCCUGCUAUUUCUGUGUAUUGUGUCCACUCUGUGGGGUUAUCCCUUUAGACCCCCACUAGACCUGGAUGUGACCCCCAGAACAACAGUUCUCCUUAAUGGGCUGUUGGGCUGCAAGCGUUUCAGAGGCUUGACACUGAACUACAGUUUAUUAAUGUUGGAGGAGGAUGCAGACGUGCUGUACGUGGGAGCUAGAGGGGCUUUAUAUGCACUGCAGGCUAGUGACAUCUCCAGCAGCUCUCUACAGAUGAUUGACUGGGAGGCAUCAGACGAUCAGAAGCAUCAAUGUUUUAACAAAGGGAAAGAUAACAAGACCGAGUGCUACAACCAUAUACGAUUCUUACAGAAGUUUAACAGCACACACUUGUACACUUGUGGUACACACGCUUUCAGCCCUCUGUGUGCAUACAUCGAUGGGAGAGAGUUCAAGAUUUCGUCUGUCUUCGAGGAGGGGCGAGAGAAAUGCCCAUAUGACCCCACCAAAAGCUACACUGGCCUGCUGAUUGAUCAACAGAUGUACACAGCAUCUCAGUAUGAGUUCAGGAGUUAUCCAGAUAUCCGACGCAACUCUCCGAGUCCCACACUGAAAACAGAAGAGGCUCCCACUCAGUGGCUACAGGAGGCUGAUUUUGUGGGCUCAGCGCUGGUGAGGGAGAGUGUGAGCAGCUCGGUGGGAGAGGAUGACAAGAUCUACUUCUUCUUCACGGAGAAGAGCCAAGAGCUCAGUCCAUACUUCAGCCACAGCAGAGUAGCACGGGUCGCCCGCGUGUGCAAGAGCGACAGAGGAGGUCUUCUCACCCUACAGAAGAAGUGGACCUCCUUUCUGAAGGCACGACUCGUGUGUUCUUUACCCGACUAUGACUUUCACUUCAAUGUGCUGAGGAGUGUGUUUCUACUGGAAGGUGCUAGCCCUCAGGACUCUGUUCUCUAUGGCAUCUUUGGCUUAGAAUGGAAAAACGUUAAAGGUUCUGCUAUUUGCCAGUACUCCAUUUCGGACAUCCAGUGGGCCUUCGAAGGACCUUACAUGGAGAGCAAGGAGGAUUCAAACUCCAAGUGGACCCAGUACACGGGGAAGGUGCCGGAUCCGCGUCCUGGCUCGUGCAUCACAGAUCAACUUAGAGCAAUAGGCAUCAACUCAUCCACCAACCUGCCAGAUGAUGUUCUUCACUUCGUCCGUCGCCAUCCGCUCAUGUACAGGCAGAUCCUUCCGCAAGGACAACGCCCCCUGCUGUUCAGGAGGAAUGUGGACUACACUAAAAUUGCCAUACACAGAGUGACUGCUUUAGAUGGUCAAAUAUACCACAUGAUCUUCAUUGGGACAGAUGAAGGAUGGCUUCAGCGGGCUGUGAGGGUUAAUGAUCAACUCCACAUCAUUGAAGAACUGCAGUUGUUUGAGGAACCACAGCCAGUGUACAGCAUAGUCAUCUCUGAGAAACAGAUGAGCGUGUAUGUGGGUUCGCCCACCUCAGUGGUACAGCUGCCCUUAUCCACAUGCAAAAAAUAUUCCUCCUGCUUCGAAUGUGUGAUGGCGCGAGACCCCUUCUGUGCUUGGGAUGGACUGGAGUGCGUGGAGAUUACAUCGCACAACAUCAGAGCCAAUCUGAAGCAGGACAUUCUGAAUGGAAACAGGGGAUGUGAUGAAUCGGCAGCAGAUGACCAAGUGUUACACCGUUCUCGCUCUGUAAUGGCGGGCGAUGAUGUGCUGCUUCAGUGUGAGCUGAGCUCCAACCUGGCAACCCCUGAGUGGACGCUGGAUGGAAAGAAACUGCUGGGUUAUGGGCUAGUCUCCGGCUACCGCUUUGGCACAGACGGCCUUCUUGUCAUCGAGGCACGACCCUACCAGAGCGGUAACUACUGCUGCUUCGCCCGGGAGAACGGCCUUCAUGUCCCCGUGGUGAUCUACAGCUUGACCGUUCGCCAGGAUCUGCCUCCACCUCCACCUGUAGACCUGACGCAUCCACCAGCGAUCUUCUGGACAUCCCAGACUUCCCAUAGUGACUCCAUUGAGGACUUCCAUCCUACCCCACUGUCUCCUAGCUUUGAGUUCUUGUCUCUAAGAAACAUGGAGGCCAUGUAUCUUUCCCUAAUCAUAAUAUUAGGAGGAUUGUGUCUUGUUCUGACAGUGGUCCUUCUUUACGUCGGAUUCUGUUUACAAGGACGGAAGGGUAAAUACUCUCUGCGAGCCGCUGCUCGCGCCGAAAGGAAGAGAGGUGCCAACAUGGAGCUGAAGACCAUCUCUAGCCACUGCAAUGGCAAAGCUGAUGCUCAUGAUGGUCUGCUGCAAAUCGUUCCUGGAGAAGCUCCAACCUCGCCCAAUAAAGAUCUCCCUCCCGCUCCACCUCUCCCGCCACCUCCUUCAGAGUCAGAGUAUGGAAUCGGGAUCUCUGCCACCCUGCCCAGCGUCCUGCGCAAGAUGAACGGCAACAGUUACAUGUUACUCAGGCAGACCGACGUAGAAACCACGUCUCCUCUCUAUUACUCCUUCACAGAGGAACUCAACAGGAUCCUGGAGAAGAGGAAGCACACGCAGCUAUGCAGUAAACCCGAUGAGAGCUCGGUGUGAACAGAAAAUGCAGACUGACUUUUACGGGAUGCUAAUGAUCGGAUGCCUUUUAUUGGAAGAUAAACAAAGCGUCUCUAUUCUUUUAAAAGGAACAAUUGCUUCUGCGUUUACAUUUCAUAUGUUGAGCUUUUGACUUUCAGCACACUACGGAAUAUCCACUGGUCGCAAAAUAGUAAAGGCUGCAACACAUACAAUGGAAGUUCUACCUCAGCAGAACUCAUUUCAGCAUUUUUACGUUAGUAUUCGGGUUGGAGUCGAGGUGAAAGUCCAGGCAGAGGAGGAAAAUAAUCUCUCUCGCUACUGGAGGAAACAUAUGAUUCACUGAAAACUGCUUUGAAGGCCAUAAAAUACUUUAAUAUGGUAACAUAUGGCAGCUUACAAAAGUAACUCUGUACUGUAUAUGCCCACACUGAGGCAUCAAAAAAAAGAUGCUUUGAAACUCUAGUGCCAUGAUGCACUGAAUGUAUAGGUCCUUUAUUUUAAUAUUUUCUAAUUUAUGCUCAACUGACCGUAUCAGUUUUUUUGCUUGUAAUAACAAUGAUCAUUAAAAUGAACAGGCAUAACAGACAAGAAAAAACGAGAAAUGCACUUGAUGGUACUAAUAGUGUGAGAAAGCUUUUAUUAAUAGUCUUAUAGGGGCAGGGAACUGGGAAGAUUCAGACAGUAUUAACCACUGAGAUGCACUUUACAGACAAGUAGCAUUUGAUCAUGUAAGGUGCUGCGCAUUCUGACAGAUCUGACAAGAACGAAAUUAGUCAUAAUCGUAAAAAACUACAGCCAAGAUAUGUGCGUCUUGAAAUUGCAACCAAACUGUAUUGUACUUUGGUUUGAAAUGCUGUGAAAGGAAAUCUAUAUGGACAUACAAUGAGUAACGUUAUAACCCUGAGAAAUGGACCACUGAUGUCGCUUGACUCACAUCUGUUGUAUGUCCCUUAUUGUGCAUGCAGGAAGUAAAAUGUUUCUUUGUUGAACAUCAUCCGCAUUCAAGAAUCAUUGGCUGCUGGGUUGCCACGGCAACCACGGGGAGGAGGUAAAUCUGAUGCUGACCUGAUGCUUUUGACAUGACCAACUGUUACAUCGCAUUUUACAGUCAAACCUUAUAGUGUUAACAUGGAUUAAAGAAUUAUAACAACAAAGUGAAAUUGGGCUUCUGGUUUGAGAUAAACAAAGAGAAUUCAUAUCCCUUCAUAGAAAUAAACAGUGUAAUUGUUCACAUUGGAACUGGUCCAGCUUUGUCCUACCCACCCUAGUGUGCAAAAGCAUUUUGGCGUAUCUCCCACUAAAGAAAGCAGAGCACCUGGAUUUAUCUGUUUAGAUCAGAAUAUGCAGAUUGCAGUGAAGCCGAAUGGAGAACAUUAAGGCCACAUGUUUAGUACAGAGCUGAGCGCUGCUGAUAGGAUACUGUGUUUUUCUUUCUUUCUCCAUUUUUCUUCUUUAAUCCUUGUGCUUGUGUUCAUAUUGUUUUUGUCUUGUUGAACGAUUCUGACACCUUUGUAAGCUUGAGCUCUAGUUUCUUCACUUUAUGCAUUUUUUCGAAGGGUAGUUUACUCAAACACAUUUGUGCUUAUUUAGUCAUUGCUCUGUGUCCUAAACCCAUAUUUGAAAUUUUUCCUUUGAAAAAUAAACCAGUAUACAGAAA